CGUUGCAUGGGGAAGUGUCGUCGAUCCCCUCUAACGCAUCUACUUUUUUCGAAGUUCUCUAUACAGUUUUUGUUCUAAAGUUUUACGAGAAGGUUUUUGUGCUUCAAGUCUUUUGUCCUGUCGAACUUGAAGGAUACGAGACUGCUUUCGGCGGUGUAGUUAAUCGAGUUAAUACGUUUAGUGCUUUUUUUUUGUUAUUGUUGAGUUUUUUUGUUUGGUGCAUCGUGCCGGUUCGGAGUUCGACGAUUCUAUUAAGGCACCAAGUCUGGUCGCGUGAGACCUCCGGGAAAAAGCCUGAAGGGCGUGUAGUUGUGGUGGUCGGUGCGAGCGGUCCCCGCUCCAACCGUCAAGCUGGCAGCGAGCGCGUUGAGCAUGAACCCGCACUACCACGGGUACGCGGAGCUCAGCUCACCACAUCCGCCUUCCCCGGAGGCCACUUUCGCAUCAAACGGCCACGACUAUCCUCACAACAACAACAAUCCUGCAUUAAAAGAAUGUGCGGGUUGCGGAGGCAAAAUAGUAGAAAGGUUCCUUCUCCAUGCCCUCGACAGAUAUUGGCAUCACGGAUGUCUAAAAUGUACAUGUUGCGGUCAAGCCCUCGCAGAUAUGGGACGCUCAUUCUACUUCAAAGGCGGAAUGAUACUGUGCAAAAGCGAUUAUACGAGAAUGUUCGGCUCAAGCGGCGCGUGCGCAGCGUGCGGGCAGGCAAUACCCGCGAGCGAGUUCGUGAUGAGGACGAACGCGCCACAGCAGCCCCUCCACGUCUUCCACAUAAAAUGCUUCGCGUGCUCGAAAUGCGGCUCACACCUCAUGCAAGGCGAUAGGUACUACAUGCUCGCGGGGUCACUAGUCUGCGAGCAGGACUGGCAGAAGCUGAUGAAGAAUGCAAACGCGGCGACUCCUGGUGCGCCUGUGCGCAAGGGCAAAGUAGGUCGUCCGCGUCGUUCGCGCGAAUGAGCAUUGCCUGCGCCUGCGCCGACACUUGCGCCAGCGCAACACUCGUACAGAGACUAUGAGGAGAUGAUGGCGUGUUCGUACUUGAGUGCCUCGGAGAUAAAACCCGACCCGGCCAUGACGGGAUGCUGGACUCCGCCCUAUUCUUUGCCGGAGCUUGCACCCAGUCGUGCGGUACCACCUUUCUUAAGGCCGCCUCUACCGCCAGUUAUUGCUCCGAAUAUCCCCAUAACGGAACCAGCGCUCGACCUCACCACAUCCCUCAAGCCUCGCGCCCCGUCGUCUAGCGACGGUGACUCUGAGUGACAGUGUUGUGCAAAAGACUAUCGAACUAUUUCUCGGCUAAAGUAAAUUAUUACUAGCGGCAAAAAUACUUAAUUAGUCUCAACGAACGUGCGGUCAGUAAUAAUUCGCGAGCCAUUGUUAAGUUAUGCUCGGUACACCCGUCAACAUAGCUGUACAUCACUAUGAGCAUUAAGAGUUUCUUCUAUAUUCUGUGGUCCUAUAAACAACGUUAUGUGACUAUGCUGACGGCUGUACCCACUACAUAUUUAAUUUCGGUUGUGAAAAUGGCAAUUUAUGUAAAACUUACUCGCUGCUAUGUAAAUUUCCUUACAAUUCUGAAUACUUAAAGUGUUAAUGUGAAUGAGAUGUGUUAAACACAAGUGCGUUGUUUCUAUUUAUAAAGUGAUAAUGAAAUGUAAAUGAGCAACUUAAACGGCAUAUCUUAAACAUUAUGUGAUUUAAGGAAGUAAUAUUAGAAAUCCAUACAAAGAAUAAAUAAUUAAGUCGCAAACGAAAUAGGACAGGGAUUUUUAUUGACUAUUGCCUUUUUGAGCACUUAUUGUAAUCACUUAAAAAAUACAAUGAACUUCGUGUAAUGUUUACUGAAUAUUUAAUUUGAACUAAAUUAAAACAUCUUCGUUAUAUGUAUUUCGCAAGAAAAUACAAUUACAAUUAUAUUACUUGAAACGAUCAAAUUAUAGGAACAAAAAUACUUAUUUAUAAUUUAUGCAAUUGUAAAUGUAUGCAAAUCACACUUUAUCUGUCAAAUAUAAAUUUCAAAAUUAAAAAUAAAAAAUUUAAAAAAAAAAAACAAUUUUGUACCCUCUAUUGCUGAUACGAUUUUAUGUUCAACAAAAAUUAUUAUGAAUUCUUGCCAAAAUGUACCUAUUAUGAUUAACGUUAUUUAAUUAUACAUAAAAAAAAACUCUCGCACGCAUGCUCUGUGAUUUGCAAACUUUGUAAAUAUCUCGAAUAAUUGUUAUUUCGUUUAUAAUCAACGAGCUGUUACUUUAUCUUCUAAUAGCCCGUUUAUAAUAUUCAUUAAAAUUGUAAAUAUUAGUAUUAAAUCUAGAAUAAGUAGACACUUGUACCUAAAGUUUAGGCGCAAUCUUAGCAAUAAUUUUGAUGCCAACAUCUUCAAAGUUUUAACUCUGGUUACUUAUGGUCUCUGUAUAUACUGAUUUACAAGUUCUAUCAUAAAUAAACAAAUAUAUGUACACACGAACGAUUUGAUUCUAGAUUACGUUUCAUGUAUUUUUUUUUUGUUGCCACAUCUCAAAAUAGCUUAUUUGUUAUCUAUCUUAGAAAGGGAUUAUUGUUAAAUAAUGAAGAAAAAAAAAACAUUUUUGGACGUAAUCUACAAUCUAUUUCGAAUAGUAAGUUAUCUUAAACGCUAACAUUCCUUUCCUUAAUUAGAUAAGUCAAAUUUUCCAUAUUUUAAAUCAUGUAUGUCAAUGUUUUAAGUGUAACGACAUAUUUAAAUAAAUAAAAAAAACGAAUGGUUGAUAAUAAAAAAUAACAUUAAUUAACAUAGUAGUGUAAAAGCAAUAUGGUUGUUUGCUAUGUGUAUUUAUAACAUGGCAUAUUAUCUGUAUAAUGUUAGCGUUUAGUGAAUCUUGCCAUCUUACCGUGUAUAAUAUUACGAGAAAUUGUUCGGAUAUAUGAUUAAACGGAUUCAUAUGUCUAAUACUAAUAAUUAUUGAAAAAUUAAAAACACAUCCGACAAUUUGAAUCAAUGACAGUUAUGGUGUUACCAUUACUCAAAAAAGUAAAAUAUUACAACCUUAUAGCCUAAGACAUGGUGACAGGAGGAGAAAUUAAAUUUUAUAAAUUAA